UAAUGAUCAGAGUGGUUCAGGGAUGUCCACACAAGAGGAGUCAGAUGGGUAUCCAGUACAGAUAGCAGAGGUUACAAGAGAAAAACUUAUACUAAAUGAAGAAGCCCUUGAAAUGGUCUUGACGCAACCACAGUUGGAAGAUUUGCCAGUGAUGGUUUUGUCAUGUGCUGGCAUAUUUCGCUCAGGAAGAUCAUUCUUACUCAAUUUGUUGAUCAGAUACCUCAACCAAGGUGUAAGUACUGUAUAGAACUAUUUACAAAAGUGGC